AUGCCACGUAUACGUACCAACAAGAAGUCCGCACCCGAAGGGUUUGCCAAGAUAGAGCCCACUUUACGGGAGUUCGAACUGCAAUUGCGUGAAGUUGAACAAUCAAAAAGCUCGAAACUCUCGUCGAGGGCCAACGAGGAGCUGUGGCAGAUCCUUCGGAUCUGCCACGAACGCUCCCGUUAUGUCUACACUCUUUUCUACAAGAGACAUGCCAUAUCGAAACAACUUUACGAAUGGCUCUUACGUGAGAAAUACGCCGAUAAGCUAUUGAUAGCCAAAUGGAAGAAACAGGGCUACGAGAAGUUAUGUUGCAUGCGUUGUAUCCAAACAAGUGAAUCAGCACAUGGAAACAGUUGUAUUUGCAGAGUACCCAGGGCCCAGCUCGAAUUAGAAGCCCAGAAGGCCGGAAAGGCUGUCGGUUUCCAACAGUGCGUUCACUGCGGCUGUCGAGGUUGUGCGAGCACUGACUAG